AAAAAAUAGGUGUAGCUGACUUCAAUAAGUUUUUUUUUAGAUACUUAUAUCUAUUUGAUUUUGCAAUCGGUUUGUUAAUUUCAAAGUGAUCAACAAAAUCGAAGAGCGCGGAAAUAGAUUUGCAAAAUGUUAUAAUCGAACGUUGUCGUAUGAGUACAAAUGUUCGACAAUAAAAAUCGAACAAUCUGUUCGAUUUUCAACUUGCUGAAAUAAGAAUAGAGAUAACAACACGCUGGUACUAAAUGCAGAUCGAUUAUACUAGUUUACGUGUUCUUGUCGAUAUGGAUGCGGUGCACGAGUCAUUUGUUUCAGUGGAUAAUAUCGAAGCAGGCUGUAAAAAUGAAUGUGGGAUCUUAUUGAAGGCGAGGUUUCGAUGGAUAUGAACGCAGAGUGUGCAGUAGUUAACUGCUCCCAUACACUAAGGACACACCCUCAGAUUAAAUUUUACCUUUUCCCGACAAAUCCAACAGAACGAGUGAUUUGGUCUUGUCUGUUAGGACGAAUUGAGUUCGAUAACGGUCCAUGGGUGCCGUCAUCUGGAGCUUGCGUCUGUCAAAAACACUUUCUAGGGGAACGCCGGUUGAAGGUACCCGAUCUGGGUCAAUAUUUUCCGUGUAUUUUUCCUGCCAUUCGCAUUGCCGAUACUUUACCUCUUAACUACAAGCGAGCCCGAAAUGCCCGACAUUCUGGGUAUUACAUUCAUCAUACCAGCAAAACCGACCAGAAGCGUACAUCAAUUAUCGUCCAAAAAGCCGAAAUGCCAGAGCCAGAUCCAGAACUCGAUGGCCUAACAUGGGACGAGCUCGAAGAAGUGAUGUACGAAUCAAUCUACAAGCCUUCCGUAACUAAAAUGCAUGUACUGGCGGCUGAGCUGAAGUGUGAUUUUACCAAGCGGAUGGAGAAACUCACAGAAAUAUCCCGUAGGCUAGAUGCCACGAGAAUUGACCUCGACCUUCAGCGGCAAAUCAACGUUGUAAAAAGUUACGAAAUUUUAGCGCGUAACACGUUUACACAUGCAGGCAGCCUCACGGGCGGCGCCCAAGGCGAUACAUCUCAUUCUGCUAGUAAAAUGACCCAAAAGUCAGCACCGAUCAGCUUGGCUACUAAAACUGGAGCCGGAGGCAGCGCCCAACGACAGCAACAGAGAACACAACGUAAACCGAUGAUUGACGUACGAAUGCCUUCUAUCGUCAAAGAUACUCGCUUCACGAAGUUAACACCACUCAAGAUCAAUCAAACGGUUUUCGUUCUCGAAGGCCGGAAAACAGACGCCUGGGGUAAAGGCACAGUGACGAAGGCUGUCGAUUACGACCACGAUAGCGUUAAGGUCCGGGUUGAGGGAGCAGAAACGGAGAAGUCGUUUUCGCUUGGUCAAGUUGCCUAUUCUUCCCCACACAGUAUGCAGCUCCAACUUGGUUCACGUAUUGUGUCACAGUACGUGCCCGACAAACAGUUCUAUGCCGGCGUUGUCAUCGAAUAUCCUAAAUGGCAGAAUCGACACCGGUACCUAAUUCUGUUCGAGGACGGUUACUGGCAAUAUAGCGAACCAUCAAACAUGUAUCUCAUUUGCAAGCAAACGUCGAUGCCGUGGAGCCACGUCAACCAGCCUAUUGUGCCAUUUCUCAAGAAACACUUCUCGACAACGGAGCACGCGCUUCUACGAGCCAGCGUCGGACAGAUGGUGCAUGCGGAACGUGAGAAACAGUUCUUCCUUGCUAAAGUUAUGGCUGUCGACGGCAAUCUCUUAAAAUUGGCGUUCCGCCACUAUGGCGACACGUUUGCUACCGAAUGGAUCUACGCUGGCUCACAUCGUCUAAAAGACGUGUUUGAGCACCUCUCUCAAACAAACAAGAGUAAACACAAAAUCGCGCGUCGAAAAACCGGGAAAAAGGGACAGCCCUAUCUGGAGUUCGCGGACGACACCCUUGACGUUAUCGAGUUAUCCGACAACGAAGAAGAAGAGAACAAGGACCCAGAAAAGGACACAGAUAAAGAUAGCAAUAACGAUUCUAACGGCGAGGACGAAACGGAAAUUGGAAGUGAAGGCGGAAACUCGGACGGAAGGACACGUAAAAAUACAGCUCGAAAGUCGACUGCGAUCAGCAAAUUGCAUCAUGUUCAAGCCGGCACUCUACGGAUGCCGAAAAACAUUUCGAAAGCCGAUUUGGGCUUGCAGGGCUCGAUUGAACGAGUGAAAGUGCAGCCUGUUCACUCACAGAUACCAUUUGUGGUUCAUAAUUGCUCAAGGAACUGCAUUCAUCCUGAUGACGAUCCACUAAAAUUUACAUCGGUGAGCCCCUACGUGAUGCCGUACUUUGUUGGCUGGACUCGACACGAGGGAUGGCUAAGGAAGAAGGGUUUAGUCAUAUACAGAGCUCCCUGCGGGCGCAUGAUGCGGAGCCAACGCGAUGUGAUGGAUUACCUGAUAAUGACGGAGAGUAAAUUGACUGUUGAUCAGUUUUGCUUUGAAUCUGGCUUCGAUCCGUUUGCCGUAUGGAAGCCAAGUGUUGCCAACUACUUUCAGGAGGAUAUUACCAAGGGCACAGAGUUUUACCCUAUCUCUUUAGUCAACGGCGUAGACAGCCACGAUGACCGUGACUCCGUUCCUUAUUGGCCAGAACGUCGUCCCACCAAAGCGGUUGAAAAAGUCAUGCGGUUGGAUGAAGAUUUUUUGCCAUGCUGCACGUGCGAAGACGAUUGUUUAGAUCGGAACACAUGCGAAUGCCAGCGUCAAACGGUGAACAUGUCUGAUGCUCAGGGUGAAAUCAACCGACACGCUGGUUACACGUUCCGUUCCUUAUCCGAACCACUCGUGACAGGUGUGUUUGAGUGCAAUUCGCGAUGCGCUUGUAGCAAACGAUGCGUCAACCGCGUGGCGCAAAAUGGUAUCCAGUUGCGUCUACAGCUGUUCAAAACCGAACGUAAAGGUUAUGGUGUGCGAACCCUGCACGAUAUCCCGAAAGGUCGAUUUAUCUGUACCUACGCGGGAACGAUUUUAACCGACAUUGAGGCUGAUGAAAGCGGACAAGAUACGUAUUUCGCGGAGCUCGACUACAUCGACAAUGUAGUCAAACAUAAGGAAGGCUACGAAAGCCAAGUCGAGGAAGAUAUUGAAGAUAUAGAUGAUGAAAUGGACGCCAUUGGUCUCGAAACAACUACAGGGUCAGGUAGUUCGAUAUCGGCUGCCGCCAGUGUAGCCGCAGGCGUCACGUCCAAUGGAAAGAAAAAGCUCGACGCUGAUGGACUCCGGCAACUUUACUUUGGAAAAGAAGAAAGCUACGUCAUGGACGCUCUCACGGGCGGAAACAUUGGCCGAUACUUCAACCACUGUUGCGAACCGAACAUGUUUGUGCAGAACGUCUUUGUGGAUACUCAUGACCUUCGGUUUCCAUGGGUAGCCUUCUUCGCUGAACGCAACAUCAGCGCUGGUGAAGAGCUAACCUGGGAUUAUAUGUACGAGGUUGACUCGGUUCCGGGCAAGAGCCUGCGAUGCUAUUGUGGUAUGCCUAAUUGUCGUAAGCGACUUCUGUAAUUUAGUGAAUGGCAAAGUGAGUAAACACAGAGCUGUUCCUAUAUGUAUAUUUAUGUAUCCACAGCAUGUAUAUUUAUGUACAACAUGUGUCGUUGAUUCCAGGAGUCAACCUUACGCAGUCAAAGAGCCCGGUUUCUUAAACUUGCGAAGGUCAUUUUCAAGCGAGGGAAUUUUCAAGGAGUGCAAACAAAGCUGAAUUUAGGUAUGAAAGGAAUCUCGAUGUAACGUGUUGGUCAGUUGAUGUUAGGACAUAGGCAAGCUCAAAUUCAGUUGAGUUAAAAUUCACAAUGAAGCUCCACGGAUCUCGCGAAUGUAACGGAAGAUCUCAAGCAAAUGGGCAAGCCAUGCGGUCGUAGGCGCUGGUUAGAUACCAAAGUGCCACACUCGUGUCAUUUAGCAGUAGAUCAUUAUUAUUAUUAUUGUUACAUAGUGUACAGAUUAUAGCACUAUCACCCUCAAUUACAUGCGAUUAAACCUAUUUUGUGUGUCGCAUGAAGGGUACUGAGCAUGCUUAUAUCUAACAUCAGACCAUUAUGAAAUUAGGUAUAUUUUCAAUUGUCAACAAAAUAAUAGAAAUAUAAUAUUAUUAGUUCCUAUAAAAUAACGUUAACUGUUUAGUUGGCUAUAGUUCACGAUAGACGGAACAACAAACAAUGUUAACAUGAACAGUGAAGUGCGACCAAGAUAUCUCGCCUAUGACAGUAUUGAUUGAUAUAAAGUUUCAGUGU